AUGCGACGGUUUGGGGAGGCCCUCUGUGCGAGCAGAGGCGUGGGCCGCGGGAGCGUCGCCCUCACUCGCCCAGGCACAGCUCUGAGCCCUCGCAGGGUGGAGAGCUCUGCCAUGAGAGUUGCCUGGCCUCGGGCCCCUGUUUCCAAGAUGGUGUCUGUUAAGGAUCAGCUGAUGGAGAAUCUUAUUAAGGAGGAGUCUCCUCCCGGCAAUAAGGUCUCCAUUAUAGGAGCUGAUGCAGUUGGCAUGGCAUGUGCCAUCAGUAUUUUAAUAAGAUCUUUGGCAGACUUCAGGUUUCUAAAUUGUACCUGGUUGUACCUGCCAGAAUUGCGUAUAUCCACUGGAGAAACUUGGGACUUCCCGAGUAUUGUCCAGUACAGCCCCAACUGCAUAAUGGUUAUUGUUAGCAACCCAGUGGAUGUUCUGACUUACGUUGCCUGGAAGCUAAGUGGCUUUAACACAUACUGCAUCAUUGGGAGUGGCUGCGAUCUGGACACUACUCGUGUUCGUCUCCUAAUUGGGGAGAGGAUGGGUAUCCAUGGCAGUAGUUGCCAUGGGUGGGUCCUUGGAGAGCAUGGAGACAGUUCUGUGCCUGUAUGGACUGAGGUGAAUAUUGCUGGUGCUUCUCUGAAGAAUUUUAACCUGGACAUAGGAACCAGUAAAGACAUGGAACAGUGGGGAUAUCUGCAUAAAAAGGUGGUUACCAGUGCUUCUGAUGUGAUCAGACUGAAGGGCUAUACCUCCUGGGCUGUUGGCUUGUCUGUGGCAGACCUGACAGGCACUAUUAUGAAGAAUCUUAAGAAAGUUUGUUCGGUUUCUACCAUGAUUAAGAUAUAUUCCUCACCCCUUCUCCAUCCAGAGAGCCAUUUCUUAUUACAAUGA